GUCCGCAUGGGCAAUGGACCUCCAGUUCACAGUAGCCCACAGAAAAAUCGACAUGCCAUAACCAGUUGUUGUCUUCGGAAUCCUUGAGCCUCCCUGCCUGGCCGGCAUCUUUCGCUGCUCAAAUACUGUUAGCUCACGUUCACUUUCUGUAGAUUCUUAUUUCAUUAAGCAUUAGAGGCGCCGAAUUCACCAAAGUAUGGUGCUCAUAGCCGCCUUGGCAUUGGUUCUCGGUUUUUUGCUCAGUAUUUUGGUUUUCACACAGAGAGACGGCAAAUCUAAGCAUCCGGGAAAGGGCCAGUUCAACUUAAACGAUAACAAGGGAUCAAAAACCUACAGAAAAGCAGAAGUGUCAUUGCAUAACAAGAGAACAGACUGCUGGAUAAUAAUCAAGAACAAGGUUUAUGAUGUGACCUCAUACGUAGAGGAACAUCCAGGUGGUGAUGCCAUUCUAACACAUGCAGGAGAUGAUUCAACCGAAGGGUUUUACGGGCCACAACAUGCAACUCGAGUCUUUGAUAUGAUUGAAGACUUCUACAUUGGAGAUUUGGAGCAUUAGCUAGAUCAGUUGUUUGCGACAUUUUUAGAGAUGCAUGACUUGAGAAUCUUAAUCUUGUACUACUAUUUCUUGUCGAUUGAAUGAACUUUCUUAGAUACUAAUUGAGAAGCCCUUUGUUCAUUUGUGGGUGCUUAACCACUACAUGUUCAACAACUGAUACUUUUGUUCCCUGUGAUAAUCACCAGGUGCCUGCUGUUUCAGUAUGUUGCAUAUUAGAUGAGGAAACUUUCUUUUGCCCCCCCCCCCCAAAGAUAUAUUUAGGGCUACGAGUAACAAAUGUGUCAAACACUGGUGAGAUUGAUGAAGUAAUCUUGUUAUGCGUGUAAACUGAGGUAAUAUGGACAAUAAGUUUGUAAUAGGAGAAUUUAGCAUGUA